AUGUCAUCGAAGUACCCGAAUACCAAUCCAGCCAGUUCACCAACAGCCCAAAAAGGGCAGAAGGCCAACGAUGCCAGCGUCGGGGAUCUGAGCGAGCGACUUACAGACGUCAAGAUCGGCAUCAGCAAGAAUGUUGCCAUGGAGGAUCUGACGAAGGAUCUAGCCUCCAAAUGGGAGCCAGACGACCGGAACAGCUGA